UGUUUAUCCCAAAUGUAAUUGGUAAGAAAAGUUUGUCUAUGUUACGUGUCAAGAGUUUAUUUUUCCAUUAUUCGGAAUGCUACGAGAAGUAAUAUUUUUUCCGAUCUGCUUCAUUGCCUACGGAUUAAGAUUUCAGAUUUGUGUAGUAAGGACAGAAGGCCUACAGCGUUUGUUAUUUCUUUCUUAGUAUGCUCCUUUGAGUGUCUAGUCUCUAUUUGAACCAGUCCAUUGAGAGUUCAGAUACCGCCGCAUCGGGUAACAGAUUCCAAAUAUUGAUAAUCCGGUGUGAAAACCUGUAUGCCACUGGUAUUUUAUCCGUUCUUGGCUUUUCUACUCUCGUGUUAUGUCCUCUGAGUUUUCCCCAUCUCUUAGAAAGAAAAAAAGGAAGGUAUAUCAGGUCUGAAAUUAUUUUUUAAUAUUCAAUACAUAAAAUUCAGAUCACCUCUUAAUCUGCGGUAGAACGGAGUGAAGAAAUCAAGCUUUUCAAGCCGCUCCUUGUGUGGUAAACCUCGAAGUUCUAGAAUUGAACGGUAUCUGCUUUCUUUACUUUUUCCAGGAUAUCCGAGUCACCUUUCAAACAAGAGGUUGCAGCCUGAAUGCAGUUUUCAAGCUUAGUUCUCAUUAAGCUUGUGUAUACUGCAGUGAAUAAAGUAGUAUCUAACUUGGUGAAUAUCCGUUUUAAAGUUCAUACGGUCUUUAACGCUUCAGCUGUGACCUGCUGGCAAUGGGUCGUGGUCUUAAUAUCAUGACUCACUGUAUUCUAUAUGCGUACUUUUUUAUCUCGUUGGUAGUCACUAUGCAGACGUGAUCUAGAUGUUUGUUUUAGAGCUAAAACGAAUUGUCGUGUAGUUUUUAACAUUUGAUUUACUAAAUUCUUGUAGGCUUUUCAAUUUUCAGUUACUUCAAGUUAUAAUAUAAGCUGCUAGUCGUUCCACUAUAGAUUUUCCUCAGAAAUUUCGUUACCGGAACUUUGCCCGAGUCGUUCAUUAUCAAAUUAUUCUUUUACUCUUAAGGGUUCACAUGUUAUUUCGUCGAAACGUGGAUUGUUAUUAGGAUUUGAAUUCCGAUCAUCUAGCAACUUGUUAGUACUGUAGUACCGUAGCUCUCACUUGGUCCCUCAAUUAAUUAAUAAUUUCGGAAUAUGUUAUAAUUGAUCCCCACGAGCGAACUGAAAUGUGCUAGGAAUAUUUCGGCACAUCAAUACACGCGAAACAUAUUCCGGCCAAUGAUCCGCAGGUUUUAAUUUUUGGUGCGUUUUGCUUUGCAAUCAUCAUCAGGAGUACCUUUUUCUUUGUUGCUUUAUUACCACAACAUAGGAACCCAGAAAAUUCGUUAGGUGGACGCCAUUGUAAUUAUAGUCUCCUAAAUGUUUCGAAACGUCUCACGGAAGUUCUCAAGUGUUACCCUAACCUACAUCAAGUUAGGCACGUUUUUUUAGAAAAUAACCGCAAAUAAACCAGCCAGGUUUCAUUUAACCUGGUUAAGUCUCAACACAGGGCAGGUGGGUAGAUGGAUGGUAUUAGAGGACCUGUCGUCACCAUCUCAUGCACUCACUUUAAAGAUCGUAGUGGAUAACGUUUGUGUGAUGCAACAUAUAUCAAAAGGAAUAUAAUAAGAUAGCUUCAAUUAUUUUCGAUAAUAAGUAGUUCUUGAUCAUUUUGAUUGUGUGCUUCUAGAUAUUUACUAUUGUAACUAUGAGUCUCAUCUCAAACGUAGUUUAAACAAAGUUUUCCAAAAAUUCCUGAAAACAAAUAACUCGAAUAGCCUUAAUGCGAGAGAACUGUUCAAUGAUGAAAACUCUUGGGAUAUUUCAUUCUUGGGGCCGUAUCAUAGUAAAUAUAUGUAUUUCUUUACAAUGAUAUAUACGUUUUGAGAUAAGAACCGUAAGUUUAUUUUGGAAACAGAUAUGAAUAAAGUAAAGAAGCAGAAGUGUUCACAAGGGCUUUGAAUUUUUUCCAAAGCUUCUAGCAAGGAGAUUACUGAUGGAAACCAAAUGGCCGUGACUUAAGAGAACGUAGUGCGGUUGGUACUAUGUCUAGCCCAUAUAGAUUAUUCUAGCCACUAGACAGACCAAUCUAUUCAUUCUUCUCAAGCCACAUUCUUACCCUGUCAAUUAUUCGCUUAUUAAUCACGACUGUUUUUUAUAUGUUCGUAUAUGUGCUAUUUAUCUAGCCUACUCAUUAUGUGUGUUCGACUAUGAAUAUCAUUCACGCUUAAUUAAAUUGAGUUGGCUCACUCACCUUCUCCAUUGCGCGUCACUUUGUUUUGCUUCGCUUUCCGAUCAACGAUUGUAGGAAAUAUACAUAUUCAAAAAUCCAUUUUCGUAUUUGAAUUAUUUAAUUCCGUUAUUCACCAACGUGAUUCAAGUCGAUAAUUAUAUACGAGAAUUGACGAUAUGUAUAAGUCGUUGACAAGCAGUGAACGAUAUACCUGGAGUUAGAUCUCGUACCAAGAAAGUAUAUCUCGAUGGCAGUUUUUCAUUCGAUCGAACUGGAAUCAGAUACAGUGCCACAAAAAUGAAAUCGACAAAGAGGAUGGCCGGGACUGUGAGUCAGGCAAAACCCGACUUCAGUAAAAUAAGGAUAUCAGAUUAAACGUGACUGAUAUGUUCGAUGCCUCUGUUAGUUGACUCGUUGGUAGAUAAAAAGGCCUCCGGUUUAUUAAAUCAUAAUCUGAUAUAUCCACCUUCCACAAGUCACCUUUAAGUCAUUGAGAUUAACAUACAUUGUUCUACUAUUGUAAUCUCUGGAUGUUAGUUUUCUUGUCUUGUGGCAUCUGUAGGCUGUCGUCAAUAAUUGUGUGUUGUCAACAAAUGGACAUAUCAUAUGAUUGCAUACUGUAAACCGACGAUUGAGUUUUACCCAAUAAUUACAAACCCCCUGAAGGAGUGAAAUCCUAAUCUCCAACACUAUAGUAGUUCAUGCUAUCCGUCGUAUUUACUGUAGAACGUAGCAUUAGCUUAAGUUGUCACCCCACAUUUGGAUAAUGGGAAGAAAUUAACAAGAUGUGGAACUUUUAGGAAGAUAAUCUCAAAUGUAGUAAGUUCAAACAUAGGAAGUAUAGCUCUCAAUGAACAAACUGAAUCAUAUGAUAUAAAGUAUGAAAUAAUAAUAAAUCCAAUAUCUAUAUUUGACGGAGAUAGAACAUGAAUAGAAUCAUGGUAACAACUAGCGGUACUUAUGCAGGUACCUUCCACCAAUUAGUUGCUCUCUAGUAAGAAGGGAAUAAAAUCUGCUGAUGUUUAGGUUGAACUGAAGGUUUUAUCCCGAAUCCCAACGAUCACUUUAUUUAAUUACCUCGGCUAGCCAUUAAAAAGAUAUACUCAUGCUGUCUUACGUGAUUACUUAAUCAACCCAUCUAAUAAGUCGCAAUCACCGCUUAUGUAUAGGAAUUAUCGCUACAGCUCAUCAGAAGUUCGGUACCUUACUUGAAGAAGACUUUGUCGGAGGAAUGUGGUUUGUGAAACCUCUUACAUCACAACAUGGUUCAGCUCUUUUCACCCGUCGUAUAGGUAGUUGAGAUUUCAACAUUUAAUUGGGUAUGUGAAGAUCCAUACAGUUCAUUUUUAAUCUCUCCACUUACAUUGAGUCAUUUGUUUGUCUUUUGUUCCCCUUUAUUUUUCAUUCAAAUUCAAAGGCUUCUCAAUCAGUUCUUUAUAGCUAAUAAUAAUCCUUGGUUAAAAAACAGCACAGCUUAUAUUCCCUCUUUAUCUACCCCUAAAUCCAGGUCUUUGUUAUUAUCUUGUAUAUUUUUCAUCCUAGUUUUAUUCGUUUCUCUUUGAUUACUUAUUCUGUAUUUAGUCUUUUUACUGUUACGGGUAUUAUUAUUUAAGAUUCUUUGUCUUUAAUGUCGUUAGUUUUCUACUGCUGUACUGAUGUGAACAAUGGAAAAGUAAAUCAAUAAUUAUUCGUUAAGGCCCAAGUAGUUUGGAGUUUGCAGAAAUAUCCAAAUUUUACAAUUCUACAGUUUACUUAUGUUCACUAAUUCUUUAUGAGAGAAAAAUAUCAAAUGAACAACAUAGCUAACAUGAGCUUUCACUAUUGUUUAGAAGUAUAUUUGAUACCAUUCUAGAAAUGGCUUAAGGUAUUCCUUAACGGGAUGACGCUCAGUUUAUUAAACGACUAUUUAACUGGGUGUAGAAAAGUUUGAGUGGUAUUAUUUGCUUGUGGUUAAAACAACGAAAUAUUAAAUAAUAGGACAUAUGGUGUUUUUUAUUUGAUUUUUGUAGGUUACAUACGAAUCGUACUUCUGUUUCAAGCAUGUUAUUUUAUGAAAACUAAUUGUGAACUAACUCUUCUUACGUACAUCAUUUCGUGUCUAUUGGAUGCGGUGGAUGGUUGUGCUGCACGCGCGCUAAACCAAAGUACAAAGUUUGGUGCUAUGUUGGACAUGAUUGUUGACCGAUGCUCAACAAUGUGUUUGUUGGCUUGUCUUAUUUAUUUUUAUCCAUCAUACAUACUCUUUUUUCAAUUCAGUAUGAUUGUGGACAUAGCUAGCCAUUGGCUACAUUUACACAGUUCUGUUUUAUCGGGAAAAUCAAGUCAUAAAUUUAUAGAUCUUAAAGCAAAUCGAUUUCUCAAAUUGUACUAUACAAAUAGAAUCAUCCUUUUCUUGAUGUGUGCAGGAAAUGAACUUUUCUAUACAACGCUGUAUAUAAACCAUUUCUAUACCGGACCAAAAGUAUUUGGUUUUGGGUUAUGGAGUAUAGUGAUUUGUUUAACAGCACCAAUAGCAUUUCUGAAAAUGUUGAUUAGCCUUAUUCAGCUUCAUGCAGCUUGUGUGAAUAUGGCUUCAGUGGAUGAACUAGAAAGAUCUCAGAAUAAAGCCGAUUAGUUAUGUCUACUGUUGUUAAUUCGAAAUAACGAGGUAUAUAUAUAUAUAUAUAUAUAUAUAUAUAUAUAUAUAUAUAUAUAUAUAUAUAUGAUAAAUACCAUUCCAGUUAAUGUAUGUCUAUAGCAUUCAAUGUUUGAGCUAACUUGAGUAAUUUUUAAGUACAUUAUUUUGUGUUGUAAGUCCCUUUAUAAUAUUUUUAUGAAUACUAAAGCUGAAAAAUUCGUGAAAUUGGUUCGAUGUUAAACUACUUUGCUUUCUUCUCAUACUUAUUCAUACUUUCAAUCAAUAUUAUAGAACUGUUUAUUUUCCACUCGUGUAUUUGCUUCUUAUUUGCGUUGUUUCUUUAUCGUUGCAUUUCCUAUUUAUCUAUCAUCAAGUUAAUUCUAUUUACUUUAAACUUUUGAACACAUUAGUUAUUAGUAUCAUUUGUAAUGUGUUACACGUGUCAUAUCUAAUUUCACUUAUGAAUUUCAUUCUUUGCAUAAUUUUAUGUAGUUUGCAAGUUUUCUAUCUUGAUAAGUACUUUACGUUUUAUUUAAUUUUAUUGUCCGUGAUAUAUUACAGAGUAAUUUUCAAUGUUUUUACCAUAGUGUAUAUAUUCUGUUCAAGACGUUAGUAUUAAAACCAAUCUGACUGCACUAAAUAAAAUGGUAUAUAUUCC